AUGAUUGUGUGCAUUCGAUCGAUUGAAUCAAGCGUUUUAGCAAUAUGUACCAUAAGUUUGUUCUUAUGUAUUCAAAUUCCAUCUAUUAUUUCUACUGAGCUUGUUGGUGAAAAUCUCAAUCAAACCGAUGAGAACAAUCAGACUGGUGCUAUUGAGCCACAUAUUUUACAGUCAAAUGGUCAAGUCUCAUCAGACUUAAAUUUAGAAACAAAAUCAUCUGACAUCGUAUUAAAUGACGUAGCGGCGACGAUAUCAAUCGAAACUAAAUCUGAUAUCACGGAUGAAAUACCUCGACCCAUAACUACUCCACUUGUAGAUAAUCAAACGAAUGAUGAUCAACAACAAACGUCUCCAACGAAAAGUAAUCGAUCAAGUAUUAAUUCUUUUGAAGAAUGGAAACAACAACAACUUCAAGCUGAUUUAUUAAAAAAAGACGAAGUUGCUAGUCAUAGUAAUGUACUAUCUGAACCAACACUAGCAAGCUCAACAAAAGGAAAUUCAUCGCCGACAACUAAUCCACAAAUACCAUCAAAAAAAGGCAAAUUAAGAAAAAAUUUUGCUAGUGGAUCAUGUGGCGCAAAGAUUCUUGCGCAUAAUGCCGAAGCACAAAAUGUUCCAUCUAUUUUAUCGUCAUCACCUGAUGAAUAUAUGCUUAAUCCAUGUAUUGCCAAAAUAUGGUUUGUUAUUGAACUAUGUGAAUCGAUUCGUGUUCUCAAUAUUGAAAUUGCCAAUUUUGAACUUUUUUCAAGUGUUCCAAAAACAUUCCGAGUCUCAUCGUCCGAUAGAUAUCCAACAAAAGAUUGGCAUCGCCACCAUUUGGGUACAUUCAAUGCGUCAUCUAAUCGUACAAUACAAAGUUUUCAAACAAUGCAAUCGACAACAUACGUUAAAUAUGUUAAAUUUGAAUUAUUAGAUUUUCAUGGACAUGAACAUUAUUGUCCACUGAGUGUUGUACGAAUACAUGGAUCAAAUGUUGAAGAGGAAAUAAUGACAAUGGAAGAGAAUACAAAUUUAAUCGAUUCGAAAUCUUUAUCAAAUAUUCCCGAGGAUAAUGAGAAUGACGAUGAUGAUGAUAAUAAUUUAUCGAACGAUCAGCAAGUUGGUGGUAUUAUUGGUUCGGCUAUACUUGAUUUAGCGAAAAGAGUUUUUCGUCGACCGACACCUGUACGUGGUAUAACAUCAGCAACAUCAACAUCAACAUCAACAACAAUAACAGAAACGAAUGUAUUAAAAACUGAUUGUCAUCCAUCGGUUUUAAGUGAUUCGAUAAUCAAUGAUACGCUUAAAUCAUGGCGUCAAAGUGAUACAUUUAAACAAUGUAUUUCUGAAUUUCUUCAUGGUUUAUGGUCUAAAUAUGAUACAUGCACUAUGUAUUUAUCAUAUACUUGCUUUAAAUUAAAUUACUGCUGUCAAUGUCCAUUAAUGACAAAUCAUGACAGACGAGAUCCUAGAAUGUUAACAUUAAAUUUAUAUGUUCAUCCGUGUGGAUAUUAUCAUAUAUUAACUAACCAAUUGGAUUGUAAGAAAGAAAAAGCAAUUGAAUCCAAUCGAACAAUAUUAACAAAUCUAAAUCAUGAACUACAUCAGAAUCUUAAUGAAAAAAACUCCACUGUUUAUAAUAAUGACACUAUUAUAAUAAAUGAUGAAAGUGUGAAUCUCUCAAAUAAUAAAUCUACAUUAAAAUUUAACAACACUUUAUUGAAUGAAAUUAAUAAUAUUGAUCAUACAUUGAACCGAUCCAGCGAACAAAGUUUGUCGAAUAAUAUUUCAAACGAAACAAUUAUGGUGCUUGAACUUCAGCUAUCAUCGAAUACGGCAAAUCAAAGUUCGUUUCAAUCUUCAACUCUUGAAACACUCCAUUUGGAUAUUAAUUCAACUGAACCUUCAGUUGAUACGAAUAGUAUUGAAGAAAUGGUGAUUUCAACAGCGUCAACGACGGUACCACCGACCGCAAAUAAUAACGAAGCAUUGCCACCUAUGAUUUCUAGUCCGUGGCUUAAAGGCAUGUUAGUUAAUACAAAAUCAUUGCCUGAAUUAUUCAAAAUUAUUGAAAAACUUAAUUUCAAUUUAACAUUAAGUAAUCGAUAUUUACAAGAACUUAGUCAACAUUAUGUGAAAAAACUUGACGAAACACAACAAACAACCGAUCUUCUUUUACAAGCAUCAAAAGCAGCCGAUAAAAAACUGGAAAAUUUAGAAGAAUAUUCAAGUCGAUUACAAGAAAACAUCAAUCAAAUGUCUCUUCGUUUAAUAAAACUCGAAGCAUGGAUACCUUUAAUUGUUUUUACUAUAGUUUGCUUAUUUAUUUGGUGUCUUGUAUCAACAUGUUCUGUGUUUCAACUACAACGAAAAUUAAAAUGUUUUACUAAUGAACAUGAAAAACAAAAAACUAUUAAAGUAAUCGCCAAGCAUCAUUUUGAUGAUUAUGAUCAAGAUAGUAUCGAUGAUAUUUCAUUCCUAUUCAAUGGCGUAAAGAAACGUAAAUUAUCCACGGAUUCGAAUGAUUCAAAUCCUAACCGUUCACAACGAGUACCUGAUUUAACAUUGCCGAAAAUAAAAGAAAAUGGUAUUCAUAAAAAUGAACAUAAAACAAAAAUGAAACAUUCUAAACAAACUGAACAUAUAUUAACUGUAACUAAAGUGCAGACUUAA